AUGAAUGCAUAUUUGGAAGAGCAGGAUACAAUUCCACUAAACAUCGGCAUCACAGGAGAGUGUGGCCCUGGUAAAUCCACCUUUGUUAACGCCUUUAGAGGCUUAGACAAGAAGGAUAAGACAUGUCUUGAAAAACAAGGUGUUGAGUCUCCAAAGGUCUUUCUGGUGUCCUAUCAUCUCCAGCUGUAUGACUUCCGUCUGUUACAGGAGACCCUAGAGAGAGAGCUUCCUGCACACAAAAUAGAUACUCUGCUGUUAGCCUCGCCCAUUGCCAAUCUUGAGAUCAUCACCAAAAAGAAAGAGGCUCUCCAGUCAAAAAUAAAGUUCCUUGCUGCUGCAUCUGCAUUCGGAGCAGCUGUACCAUUUCCUGGGCUCUCUGUUGCUGUCGAUAUAACCAUGGUUACUAAUGCCAUAUAUGAUAAAAAAAGAAAGAAGAAAAACAAAAUAAAAGAAAGCAAUGCAGAAGAAUAUAAAAAGGAGGACGUUGGAAGUGAAAGCGGAAGUAAUGGAGGAAGAGGAGAAACAGGAAGCGACGAAACAUCGGAGCCUGAUGGGAAGAGGAGUUAUGCUGGGUCUAAGGAGAAAAAUGAAGGAACGCCGGUGGAGGAGCAGUCUGGGAACGUGAAGGUGGAGAAGGGUCCUGAUGACGGUGAACGAGUCUCCAGAGAUGUGAGUGCGGAGGCGGCGAAGACGGCAUUGAGGCAUGAGAAACGACAGAUGGACAUUCUACGGGCCAUGCCAGAUAUGCUGUAAAGCUAAGACGGAAUGUGGCUCAUUUUGAGGGGAAAAUCGUCAGUGUCUGGGACCUGAUGGUGGGGACAAUAAAGAGAGACAUCAGACUUUUGUACAUAUAUAUGAGAAAAGAAGAGUUUAUAGAGGAAUAUGUGGAAGGAUGUUCAUUGAUCGAAGAGGAGGAGGGGAAGUUACAUUUUCACUUUGUGAUGCAAUAAAGAAUGUUUUUGUUUUUUGAUGAUGCUGGAUCCUUGUAAAAGGGGAUCCUUGUUGUAAAAAGAAAAUGUGAUAAACUGUAAAUAUGU